GAUGGAGUCUGCGCCUUAUUUUGUAGCUUUCCACCUACAGUAAUCAUAAUAUGGCAAAUUAUAUCAGUGAUUUUUAAAGUUCUGAGUUUGAGAAGUUCAUUUUUUCUUUGCUUCUCGUCAAUCUGUUUGGGAUUUGAAUAUAGGUAUUUGAUGAAAAGAGAGGUUAUUUGCUAAAAAUCUUGUCUACUGAAACAUCUAGCUAGGUAGCGAUCGCUUAAGUGGUUGGAAUGUUCAUAAACGUUCUAUUAAUUCGGAGAUCGAUAUGACGUUGAGAGAGUUAAAGGUUUGCCUUCUUGGGGACACUGGGGUUGGAAAGUCAAGCAUUGUUUGGAGGUUUGUGGAGGACAACUUUGACCCUAACAUUAAUCCAACUAUUGGGGCAUCCUUCAUGACAAAGACCGUGCAGUAUCAAAAUGAGCUUCACAAAUUUCUCAUCUGGGACACUGCAGGGCAAGAGAGAUUCCGUGCGUUGGCGCCAAUGUACUACAGAGGCUCUGCGGCAGCCAUCAUUGUUUAUGACAUCACUAAAGAGGACUCGUUCCAGACGUUAAAGAACUGGGUGAAGGAGCUUCGUCAGCACGGCCCGCCCAACAUCGUGGUAGCCAUCGCUGGCAACAAGUGUGACCUAUCCGAUGCCAGGGAGGUCUCGGAGAAGGAUGCCAAGGACUACGCUGACUCCAUCCACGCCAUCUUUGUGGAGACCAGCGCCAAGAACGCCAUUAACAUCAAUGAGGUCUUUAUAGAGAUAAGUCAACGGAUCCCUGUCCUAGAUGCAGGGGGAGGGGCUGCAGGGAAUGGCUUCAAACUGCGCCGGCGGCCCUCAGAGACCCGGACCCGGACCUGCUGCUGAUGCUGCCAGUGAUUCCUGACCGUAGUCCCCACAUUGACCCUUGACCCCUGACCCUUCUCUGCUUGCAGCCUCCAUAAUCCCCCCCCCCCUAACCACAGACCUGCGUCACAGAGACCUGGGAGCUGUAAAUUCCACUCCUCCAUCAGGAAACCCUGAUUACUACCGCCAUUGCGUCUUGCGUCUAAUGCUACACUGUAAAGAGAGAGCAGCCGAGCAAAUUACAGUUCACUGGGAUAUAUGACCAUAUCUCAUCGUUCUAUGCGGCUAACUUUGGCUCAGUUAUUGUGAAGCUGUAGUCUUGUGUUGUUAAUGCCUAUCUGGAGCCCAAAAGGUUCAAAUGAAGUCCACAGCCUUUAAAGGCGCUGUAUUUGUCGUGCAGCAUUUACAGUGAUAUGACCUCUGCAGAAGUCAUGGCAUUUUAUUAUUCUUGCUCUUAACCAAGCAGCACAGAGCUGUUGUGAAGGAAGUUGUCAAGGUAGUGAGUUUGUGUUUAUGCAGGACCUCCCGCCCACUCCUACCGUCAACCAAUCAUGUCACUGCGGAGUUAUACGGAGCACUCUGUAUUGUUACAAAAUUUGAGAUGCGCACAGCGAUGUGGUGUGGAGCUGAUGUGUGUCACACCAUCCUUACGGUGAAUCCGACUACAUUUUUGGAUUAAGCAUAAAUUGGAUCUCAGUAUUUAGCCUUUAGGAUCGCCAAGUAGGUCUAUGGCAGCUAUUCUUUAGGAUCGCCAGGUAGGUCUAUGGCUGCUAUUCUUUAGGAUCGCCAAGUAGGUCUAUGGCUGCUAUUCUUUAGGAUCGCCAAGUAGGUCUAUGGCAGCUAUUCUUUAGGAUCGCCAAGUAGGUCUAUGGCAGCUAUUCUUUAGGAUCGCCAAGUAGGUCUAUGGCAGCUAUUCUUUAGGAUCGCCAAGUAGGUCUAUGGCAGCUAUCCUUUAGGAUCGCCAAGUAGGUCUAUGGCAGCUAUCCUUUAGGAUCGCCAAGUAGGUCUAUGGCAGCUAUUCUUUAGGAUCGCCAAGUAGGUCUAUGGCAGCUAUUCUUUAGGAUCGCCAAGUAGGUCUAUGGCAGCUAUUCUUUAGGAUCGCCAGGUAGGCCUAUGGCAGCUAUCCUUUAGGAUCGCCAAGUAGGUCUAUGGCAGCUAUCCUUUAGGAUCGCCAAGUAGGUCUAUGGCAGCUAUCCUUUAGGAUCGCCAAGUAGGUCUAUGGCAGCUAUCCUUUAGGAUCGCCAAGUAGGUCUAUGGCAGCUAUCCUUUAGGAUCGCCAAGUAGGUCUAUGGCAGCUAUCCUUUAGGAUCGCCAAGAAGGUCUAUGGCAGCUAUCCUUUAGGAUCGCCAAGUAGGUCUAUGGCAGCUAUCCUUUAGGAUCGCCAAGUAGGUCUAUGGCAGCUAUCCUUUAGGAUCGCCAAGUAGGUCUAUGGCAGCUAUCCUUUAGGAUCGCCAAGUAGGUCUAUGGCAGCUAUCCUUUAGGAUCGCCAAGUAGGUCUAUGGCAGCUAUCCUUUAGGAUCGCCAAGUAGGUCUAUGGCAGCUAUCCUUUAGGUUUGCCAAGUAGGUCUAUGGCAGUCUCACCCCCCUCCUUGCUGUGUUCACUUCAUCCUCCCGUUUUCCAGAUCUGUGGCUCGUCCAAGCCUAUGGCACCAGAUUCCUAUGUGGCUCUGGUCAAAAGUAGUGCACCUAAUACAGCGACUGUACAAAACAUUAAGAACACCUUCCUAAUAUUGAGUUGUCAGUCUCGUUUCGUUGGGGCAUGGACUCUACAAGGUGUAGAGUCCUCUGAAUGGCACACCACAGGAUGUUGGUGGCACCUUAAUUUAAGAAGAACAGGAUCGUGGUAAUGGCCGGAGCGUAAUCAGUGGAAUGGUAUCAUGUACAUUAAACACAUGGUCUCCAGGUCUUUGAUGCCAUUCCAUCUGCUCCGUUCCAGACAUUAUUAUGAGCCAUUUUCCCCUCAGCAGCCUCCACUGUGGCACACAGACAAUACAUGUCUCAAGGCUUAAAAAUCCUUCUUUAACCUGUCUCCUCCCCUUCAUCUACACUGAUUGAAGUGGAUUUAACAGGUGACAUCAAUAAGGGAUCACCUGGUCAUUCUCUGUCAUGGAAAGAGCAGGUAUUCCUAAUGAUUUGUCCACUCAGUUUAGAGAAAUGGGGUACCAUCUGAGAGGAAUCCUACAUCUGUCCUGUCCUUGAAGCUUUUCUGCGUGAAUUGUCCCCGAGUGGUCCAAAGCCACAGCAGUUGCUAUGGUUUCCCCAAGUUGUAAGAGCUCCCCUCCCGGCUUUUUUAAAAAUAUGUCUUGUAAUACUUCUGAAAAGUUUACACAGAUUUUUAUUUCCGUUCUUAUCUUGUAAACCUCUACACGGGUCAUGGCAUCAUUGGAUCUGCAGCAUGCAGUGCUUCUUCUCUUGAAACAACCACAUGAUCUAUUUUCCAACAGGAGACUAAAUGAAUGUUCUAUUUGUUAAAUUGUGCUAGUGUAAAAGAAGUCAUUGUUCCAUUUGAUUUUUCUUCCCAAAUUUAAGAAGAAACAUCCCCAACUCUAACUCUUGUGAACCAGGUAGAUGAUCAGUCAGGUGCAUGAUGGGAAGUGUAGUUGUGUAGUCUGUUACAUUUUAAGGACCUUCACACAGUGCUUUGCAGCACAGGGCCACGGCAGGUGUUUGCCAAACCGCUUGAUCCCUAAUGGGGGUAAUGUGUGCUUUUUCUGUCAUAUUGUUUCUCCAUUACAAUUUCAGUGCUCAUCAAUAUCAUUGUCUCUCAGUGACUGCUUUAGCCUUGACACUUUGGAGGGAAAAUGUGUUUGAUAAAAGGGAUUUUAACUUGGCUGGUUGAUGGUUACCACCGAAAAGGAGUCAUUUUAUUGCUGUCUUCUACAUUGAGGCCUCGUCUCUUAGAGGGCCAGGCUGUUUGAGUGCUGACAAGACUGGCAGUCAGCAAGUGUGCGGUUAUAACUGCUAACGUUUUCCACUUUAAUAGUUGACAGUUGGGGCGGCAGGGUGGCCUAGUGGUUAGAGCGUUGGACUAGUAACCGGAAGGUUGCAAGUUCAAACCCCCCGAGCUGACACGGUACAAAUCUGUCGUUCUGCCUGUGAACAGGCAGUUAACCCACUGUUCCUAGGCCGUCAUUGAAAAAUAAGAAUUUGUUCUUAACUGACUUGCCUACUAGUUAAAUAAAGGUAAAACAUUUUUAUUUUUUUAUUUAGCCAAUCGCUGAAAUUCUGUAAAUGAAUUUCCCUGGAGUGCUUGGAGUAUACUGCCAGCCCUUUUACAGUGUUUUCAUUGCGUUUCAAUGUUUUUGAAAUGGCAUUUGAACUGUUUGUGUUAGUUGGCAACCCCCGUCCGUCUGCGAUCUCUCACUGUUUUUUUUUUGUUGUUAUGACCGUUUUACAGGAGAGUGAUUUUGUGAGGUCCUGCCAAUUCUUUAAUUGUCCCAUAAUUUUUUUUUUUUUAAAUCAUCGUUCUUUUCUCAUUCCUUUACAGAAUAAGCACUGGCUCGCACAUCCAACAUAGUUUUACUACCUGGCCAGAGAUAAAAAAGGACCAUAUCUGGAAACUGGACUUGUUCUAAGAAGAACAAGUCGACAAUCUUUAGAUCUUUCUAAAGAAAAGGUUUCCCGCAGAGAACCAGGCACAGCUUUCCAUUGACAUGCUGACCCGCUGAUGAACCGUGCUCUCUUUUCAAUUCCAAAUGAUGUGCUCUACUCCGGGGACCUGUUUCAUUCGUUCCCCUUGCUUCUUCUUUCUGCUGCUGGCUGCCUUCACUACGCUGUGAAGCAAGCAAUUAAGGAAAUCUUGAAUAUGGUGUGCAUCUGGAACACCUUGUCCAAAAAUACAAAGAGAAGCGAUGAAGGAACACUGAGCAAUGUGUUCACUCUUAAAUUGCUCCUUUGUGUCGUACAGUAAUGUAAAGUCUCACAUUUUAGUUCCUGACCUAUUGCCAUUUGACAGGCAAUUUAGGGAUAAUGCCUAGCAUAGAGUGAUCCAUGUAGUUGUUCCCCUUUUGAUUUCCUCCUAGUGUCUUUCUCUCUUGCCGAAAACACGUGAAUGGGCCACAUUUAACACCAGUUGAGGACUGGCCAGCCUGCCUCUAGCUGUGGACUGGCCAGCCUGCCUCUAGCUGUGGACUGGCCAGCCUGCCUCUAGCUGUGGACUGGCCAGCCUGCCUCUAGCUGUGGACUGGCCAGCCUGCCUCUAGCUGUGGACUGGUCAGCCUGCCUCUAGCUGUGGACUGGCCAGCCUGCCGUCUGAAUUGUCUGUCCUUUAUCGUAAUGUGUGCAUUUGUUCACUUCCUUUCAUUGAUUUAAAGGAAACGACUGGUUUAAGAAAUAUGAUGUAAAAACUCUGUAUUCAGUGGACACCAAUCUAACCCAAUGCUUUUAAAUGAGCGGGGAGGAGUACACAAUUGCACCCUGUUUAAGGGAUAGGAGGGAUAAUUGUGUUUCAGGGUGGGUCUCUUGAGGUGAAGUUGUCUUAGUCUUUUGUCCUUUCCAUUAUAAUCAGUGCUGAUGGGAAGGUGUGUUAAUAGCAGGGUUGACUAAUGUUCUUCAGGAUUUUUUUUUUUGACAACCAUGUCAGUGCAAUAAUUGUAUUUAUGGCAAGGGUUACUAAAAUGUGACAAGAAUUUUUAGGUAUUGAGAAGAUCUAGUUUCAAGUUUUAUUGUCACAUGCACAAGUACAGUGAAAUGCUUGACUUGCACGCUCUACCCAACAGUGCAGUAAUCAAUAUCAAAAUAGUAUAACUCAUUUUUUUUGUGUGUGUGUGUGUGUGUGUGUAUAUACUGAACAAAAAAUAUAAACGCAAUGAUUUUACUGAGUUACAGUUCAUAAGGAAAUCAGUCAAUUGAAAUAAAUUUAUUGGGCCCUAAUCUAUGGAUUUCACAUAACUGCUUAGGGACACAGCCAUGCGUGAUCUUGGGAGGGCAUUGGCCCACCCACUUGGGAACCAGAUCCAGCCAAUCGGAAUGAGUUUUUCUUUUUCACCACAAAAGUGCUUUAUUGCAGACAGCAAUACUCCUCAGUCGAUCCCACACGUGAAGAAGCCGGAUGUGGAGUACCUGGGCUGACGUGGUAACACGUGGUCUGUGGUUGUGAGGCCGGUUGGACGUACUGCCAAAUUCUCUAAAAUGGAGGCGGCAUAUGGUACUGAAAUUAACAUUA